AAUACCACAAGCUUAUAGAAUUAAGCUGUUUUCUUUUCCUUCCUAUUCUUUGUUGGGGUGUGGUUCCCAAUGAAGAUUUUUCCUCUCAGUCAAGAAGCACUUCUGCAGAAGUGCUUCUUGUUGUCUUUGCUUUUUGUGAGCUUUUGUUAUGCUGAACAUAAGACAGUUGAGGUAGUUGGGGUUGGAGAAUGUAGUGACUGUGCUAAGAAUAGUAUUAAGACUAGCCAGGCCUUUUCAGGUCUUCAUGUGACAAUUGACUGCAAGCCAGCAAAUGGGCACUUCAAAACAAGAGGGUUUGGGGAGCUCAAUGAAGAGGGAAAGUUCAAAGUGUCCCUUCCCAAGGAGAUUGUAAAAGAAGGAGAUGAUGAACUAAAAGAGGAAUGUUAUGCCCAACUUCACAGUGCAUUGGCUGCACCUUGUACUGCCCAUGAUGGCCUAGAAUCUUCCAAGAUAGUCUUCAAGUCCAAGACCAGUGAAGGAAAACAAACCUUUGGAGUGGCUGGUGGCAAACUUAAAUUCUCACCAGUAACAUGCACUUCUGCCUUCCUUUGGCCUCACCCACUUCCCAAAUUGCCACCUUUAAAUUUGCCUCCAUUUCCCAAAUCACACCCACUCUUUGGUCACCCAUUCCCUCCAUUCCCACACAAGGUCUUCCCUCCUUUCCCACCUAAAGUCUUCCCUCCAAAAGUACCAAUCUUUAAGAAGCCUCUUCCCCCACCAGUCCCAAUUUACAAGCCUCUUCCCCCACCAGUCCCAAUUUACAAGCCUCUUCCUCCACCAGUCCCAAUUUACAAGAAACCUCUUCCUCCACCAGUUCCAGUUUACAAGAAGCCUCUUCCUCCACCAGUUCCAGUUUACAAGAAGCCUUUGCCUCCUCCAGUGCCAAUCUACAAGAAACCACUUCCACCAAAGCCACCGAAAAAAGUUUGUCCACCAGUUCCUGUGUUCAAAAAGCCACUUCCACCACCAGUCCCCACUUACAAGAAGCCACUUCCACCACCAGUUCCCAUAUACAAGAAGCCACUUCCACCACCUGUCCCCAUAUACAAGAAGCCACUUCCACCACCAGUUCCCAUAUACAAAAAGCCACUUCCACCACCUGUCCCCAUAUACAAGAAGCCACUUCCACCACCAGUCCCCAUAUACAAAAAGCCACUUCCACCACCAGUCCCAACUUUCCAAAAGCCACUUCCACCUCCCAUCCCAUUUUACAAGCCAAAGCCACAUCCAUUCUUUAAGCCUCACCCUCCAUUGCCAAAGAUUCCUCCAUUCUUCAAGAAACCACCACUCCCACCAUUCAUUCCAAAACACCCUCUUCUUCCCAAGCUUCCUCCUAUCACCAAAAUCCACCCAAAAUAUUACCCCCACCCAAAGCCCAAGUUUCCUCAUAUUCCAAAAACCCACCCAAAAUACUUCCCCCACCCAAAGAUUGGCAAGUUACCACACCUGCCACCUUUGGUUCCUCAAUAUCCUUAGGCUGUUGCAGACUUGCAGUACUAUUUUUUUCAGUUGUAAGUAGGAUCAUGGAUGUUGUGUGGUGAAAAUAAGUUAAACCUUCAAGCCUUAUAGAGAAGCCAAGACCAGAGAGGGAACUCAGAGAGUGGAACUGAAACAUUGUUUCCCUUAUUCUAUUUAUUUACGAAAUCGACUUGUGUGGUAAUCCCAGUGUUAAUAAAUUUUCAGAUGCUAAUUAAUCGUGUCAUUUGGGUUCA